CUAUUUCCAUUUCUAGUGAGUUCAAAAUGGCGGAUUAACAACAAACGAACGGUUUCGUUUAUUCAGCGCAUGAACUGUAGAGUUAACAUGGCAGACAAAAAAGGGAAAUCUGUGGGGGUAAAGAGGACAAUAACAAAGAGAGAGCAAGAGGAAAUCAAGAAAAAGGAGGAGGAGAAAGCUGCUGAAGUUUUUGAAGAAUUUUUAGCUUCAUUUGACACUAAUGACAAGAGUGGCGUGAAGACAUUUGUACGAGGUGGCAUCGUAAAUGCAACUAAAGAGGAAGAAGCUGCGGAAGUGAAAAAGAACAAACUCUACAGACCUGCCACUAAAUUUACUUCUCCAUCACAGAAUGCCUCACCUACCCAGCCUGAAGUUAAAAAAACUGCUGUUAAAAAGAAAGCAGAUGAGAAGAAGAAGAGUAAUCUGGAGCUUUUUAAAGAGGAAUUAAAACAAAUACAGGAAGAAAGGGAGGAGAGGUACAAAAGGAAGAAAGGUGACUCUGGAGGAGUGUACCCUGAUGUGGAUUUACCUCUGACACGACGAUCAAGUAAGUCUGACAAACACACACUACAGACAAUUCACUAUGAAGACCCACUGGAAGCUAAAAUAACUUCAUAUAUUGUGUUUGUAGUAUUUGAUGAUGAUCCUGCCGUGCCAAAUACAACAAACCUGUACAUUGGCUGCAUCAACCCCAAGAUGACAGAAGAGAUGCUUUGUAAGGAGUUUGGGAAAUAUGGUCCUCUGGCCAGUGUUAAGAUCAUGUGGCCUCGCACGGAAGAGGAGAGAACAAGAGUCACCAACCGCGGUUUUGUUGCUUUCAUGACACGAAAAGAUGCGGAGCGUGCUCUGGCUGCGCUGGACGGAAAAACCAUCAUGGGUUUUGAAAUGAAGCUGGGUUGGGGGAAGGCAGUACGUAUUCCUCCACAACCUCUUUACACCCCCAUUGGGGUGCUAAAGACCACUGCCCCUCCUCCACCCUCUGGACUGCCAUUCAACGCCCAACCCAGAGACCGCUUCAGAAACGAUUUUACCAAAUCACGCAACCGCUCAGAGGAUGACUUUCACAAGACUCUGUCCGAGGCCGUAGUGACAGUGGUAAUCCCCCCAGAAAGGAACCUGCUGGGCUUGAUACACAGAAUGAUUGAGUUUGUGGUGAGAGAGGGACCCAUGUUUGAGGCCAUCAUCAUGAGCCGGGAAAAAAACAACCCUGAAUUCAGGUUUUUGUUUGAUAAUAAGAGUCAUGAGCAUGUGUACUACAGAUGGAAGCUCUACUCCAUUCUACAGGGAGAGAACCCAAAUAAUUGGAGGACCUCCACUUUCAGAAUGUUUCGGAACGGGUCCCUGUGGAAGCCUCCACUCCUCAACCCGUAUCUCCAUGGUGAUGAAGAAGCAGAAGAAAUCUCCUUCCCUUCUCAAGAGGAAGAGCAAAAGAAAGGGCACAUGAAGACAGAACACAGAGAGAGAUUAGAGGCCCUGCUGAGAGGGCUGACACCCCGCAGAGAUGAGAUUGGAGAUGCAAUGCUCUUCUGUUUAGAGAGAGCAGAGGCUGCUGAGGAGGUUGUCUCCUGCAUUACCGAAUCGCUGUCUAUACCACACACACCACUGCAGAAGAAGAUUGCCAGACUUUACCUGAUAUCUGACAUCCUCUACAACUCCUGUGCCAAAGUUGCCAAUGCUUCAUAUUACCGCAAAUUUUUUGAGACAAAGCUGCCUCAGAUAUUUGGUGACAUCAGUGAAGCGUAUCGGAACAUCCAGGCCAGACUCCAGGCAGAGCAGUUUAAGCAAAGGAUCAUGGGAUGUUUUCGUGCGUGGGAAGACUGGGCAGUUUAUCCAGACUCCUUUCUGAUUCAGCUGCAGAAUAUAUUCCUGGGGAUCAUUAAACCUGGAGAGGAAGUGAUUGAAAGGGUAGAGCCUGAAUCUCCAGAUCUGGAUGGUGCACCACUGGAUGGUAUUUCUCUAGACAGAAGUGAAAUUGAUGGUGCACCCCUUGAUGACCUUGAUGGGUCACCUAUGACCUGGGACCCAUCCUCUAUUGAUGGUGAACCAGUUGACGACAUUGACGGUGUUCCCCUGGGAAACACAGUAGAUGAUAUUGAUGGUGUGCCAUUGGAUGAGGGCUUAGAUAAGGCUUUACCCAGUAUCGCAUUGUCCAAAUGGGAGAAGGUGGAGGAUUCAGAAUCCUCAGCAAAGAAUGAUUCAGACUCUGAGGUGAAUUCAAGUGGCCUAAAGGAAAACAAUGGUGACUCUGAUAUCAGCAGUGAUGAUGCUGACAGCCCCAGCAGGUACGAGGGGGCAGAGUUUAAGAGUACUCUGAAAAACUUUGAGCUGUCUGAAAGUAAAAGGACGCGCCUCAGAGAACUGGAGGUGAAGGUGAUGAAAUUUCAGGAUGAACUAGAGUCGGGUAAGAGACUGAGGAAGUCCAGUAUCACUCUCCAACAGCAAGUUCAGCAUUACAGAAACAGACUGCUGCAGAAGGAGUUUGACAAGGACGACCAAGAAAAGGGAGACAAAUGGUCACAGAAACAAAAAGAGAGGUCCAAAAAAGAAGAGCGGAGAGACAAAGUGGAGGACAAGAGUAAAACACGGGAUAAGGAGAAAAGUAGAAAAAGUGAGGACAGAGAGAGGAGUAAAGGACGGAGUCGAGACAAAGAAGAGAGGAGAGAGAGAACAAGAUCCCGAUCACCACGGAAGUCGAAACGCUCUCGAUCACCAUCACCGCAGCACAAAUCCUGGAGGUCUUUGUCCCGAUCACCACAUCGCUCCCAUAAAAAGGCCAAGAAGAGUAAACACUGAAAUCUGACCCUUUAAAUCCUGUGAUCUUCUCAUAAUGCAGCCUGAUGGAGCUCAAGGACUGCUCUUGGUGUGCACAUAAAUGUGUUUUUAUUCCACAGUGAUUUGAGGAAGAACUGGGCAAUCCACAGCUGUUCAUCUGUUUCCAGAACGGUCCUCAUGUGGCUGCUGCAAUCACAACCCUGGGCUUGGCUGAGUUUUUCCUAAGAUGAAGCGUGGGCUAUACUUGUACAUAUCUUAUUUUUGUUUUGUAAACUUUUAUUUUCUUCCUGUUUUGUUUUAAAUCCAGUGUGUAAAAAAAUUGCUGCAAGAUUUGCCCUUCCACCACCAAACUUUACAAUAAAAACAUUGUGAAAGGACA